AUGUUUGAUAACAAUGAAUUCCAUUCCGCGCUACGACUCGUUGCGAUCACGUUCGUGCGAUACGUGAACUAUCUCUUUGUUGCAGAUAAAGCCCCCGAGUAUCAGAAAGUACCGAAAGUUGACAUAAUGGGACAAAGCAAAGGCUGUGACCUUGAAAACAGACACAUCGCCGUUGCCGUCCUCGAGACUCGAAAGACUCGUCGCCAUACACAAUUAACCCCACACAACUUCAGAACGCGACUCCAAGAAGUGCUUGACGCGAUGGCUUCGCCUGAGCCCCGAAGGAGCGCAAGGUUAACGGAGAAGGCGACUGCCGAAGCUGCGGCUGCGGCCACAACUCCGCAAGUUUUACUCGUUAAUCCCACUCUCCGAGAAAAUUGGUCCAACCCAUCUACGCCGGCAGAGUUCAAUGCAUGGAUGGUCGAAACCAAGGCUGCGCUGCUGAAAUGGCUGAAUGAAGCCGUUGCGCAGGCUCGAGAUCCAGACAUUAGGGACAAGAUCGACGAAUACGAGAAAGAAGCUUGGGACAGAUGGCAACCGUUUGAACAAGAGACUGAUGUAGAGACGGGGGAGAUCCAUGAUCCUGUACAUCGGGCGGUGAUGGAAGAAUCUGUGAUUGCGGAGAGGAAGAAUUGCUCAGAACUACACAAGAAGCAUGAGACGUGGAGGAAGUUUGUUGAAUAUCGACACGCGCUACAAGCGUGGGAAGACUUUUUAUACUACCAAAACGUGUGGAAUAGGAGAUACUACGUACCCGGCAAGAUAUACUCGGAGGUUCCAACUAGCAAAAAGGGCCCCGUUUCACUAGAGACACCGAACGAAGGAGCUAGAGGAGAAAGCGAAAAGCCAGGAGAAAAGGCUCCCAAAAAGGCUAAAGGCAAAGCCAAAGCCAAAGAUGCCCCCGUGGGUACUCCGGAUCAAGAAAGCACGAACCGAACAGACAUCGAAUACCACAACCAGCCCUUCCAAGGUAUCUACAACGGUUGGAUGUGGAACAUGAUCGCCCUGUACCAGCAGGCUCGUCUCGGGUAUCGUAAGCGCAUCCCCGCCGUCGUUGCCCCUCAGGAUGCGCAUCGAUAUAGCCAGCCGCCUCGUGGUACCAUACCACAAACCACACCAAGCUACGAACAUCGCCAUCGCCACCUCGAAGAGCGAUUUCCCCGCAGAAAAAGGAAGCAGAUCGAUACCAACGAAGUCGAAGAACGGUGUCGCAGAAAAGCCGAGCGUAAGCUCGAUAUCCGACUCGAAAGAGCCCGUAGGAUGCAGCCGAUAACAUGGAGCAUCGACGAGACGGCGUACGAGGAAAUGAAAGCGGAGAAAGAAACCGAAUACAGCAAAAACCCACUGACCAUGAACCUCCUCCCAGCCGACCACAAAACCCACCACGGCAGUCUAGAAACAAGUUUCAACUGGCCCACAUCCUUCGACACCCCCGUCUCCACCAUCCUCAAGACCACUAAAACGCGAGACCACGUCUACGAACCACUCAGCGACCCCGAGCACGACCCCUCCGACCCCAAAAGCAGAAAAAGGUUCCUGGGCUACAAGAAAGACAAAAACGGAGAGCGUAUCAAGAAGAUCGACAAAAGACCACACUACCAGCGCGAAAUCCAUAUGCGCGAAGGCCUCGUUUUCGAACACGAAAUGCGCGCCGAUGGAACAGUAGAAGGGCGAAACCGCACCGGCGAGUGGAUGGGAGAUUGGGUACCGGGCCGGAUAGCUACACCCGUUUGGGUUUACGAUGGAGACGGUGGGCGUGUCCUUUUACCGCCGCGAUAUGAAUCGAGGAAUAGAUUUUCUACUUUCCUGGUCAAGGAAUCGCAUGUUAGGGAGACGCGGCGCCAGCGCCAUCAAAAUGCAGAAAGGGAGUAUGAGUUAUCGGAUGACGAGGAGGAGGGUUGUGUAAACUCGAAUGCCAAUUUCGAGAGAUCGGGGAAUGUGAAUCCGGAGCAACUGGGUAAUCCUUGGGCUUCCAACCUUGAUAGCGACGGAGAAGGGGGAGAAGGGGAAGGUGUUGGUUAUCCCGGUGAUAGCGAUGACGAUGAUAGCGACGAUGACGGCGAUUUGUUUGCGGAGUCGUAUAGGGAGUGCUCGGAGAGUUCGGCGACGAGACAAGCGCGGUUGUUGCUGGAGGGUUUGCGGGAGAGGUUUGGUGUGCUUGAGAGCUGGACUGUGAAAACUGUUAGGGAUUUGCAACGGGAGGGUAAUGAUGGUUCCUUGGAUGUUGGAGAUGAAGAGAUUAUAGAUUGGUACAAGAGCGAGACGGAGAUGCCGUAG